UCGUUUUUUUGUGGUUUUUGUUGCUGGAAUUAAUAAUUUUAUUUAAAAUUUGGAUAAAUGUAAACAUUUGAUUGGUCCGGGCCGCUGACACGCAGGCGGAUUGUCAGUUGUAGUCAUACGAUCUGUCAUCAUCCUUCGUACAAUGCGAAAAGGGAAGUUGAAAGAAGUGGGAGAGGGACACCGCGGAGCCUUACGAAAUCUACCGAUUCAGUACCUGUCCGGAUAGUCGACACACUGUGAAGAGACUCUGAAGUGUUACGGAUAAAUCGGGCCGGAGACAACACCCCUAUUAUCCAGGCUGCCCUUCUUUUCUUUUUGGUGUUAUUAAAGGUUCUUGCCACCACAUCAGUGCUCAGGGGAGGAGACCACACAGAGUGACAUGGCAAGUAGAGGUGGAGCCACGCGACCCAAUGGACCUAACGCCGGCAACAAGAUCUGCCAGUUCAAACUCGUGCUUCUAGGAGAGUCAGCGGUGGGAAAGUCGAGUCUCGUACUUCGAUUUGUCAAGGGCCAGUUUCACGAAUUCCAAGAGAGCACAAUCGGAGCUGCCUUCCUGACUCAGACAGUAUGUUUGGACGACACAACAGUCAAAUUUGAAAUCUGGGACACAGCUGGUCAGGAGCGCUACCACAGUCUGGCUCCUAUGUACUACAGAGGCGCCCAGGCAGCCAUUGUGGUCUAUGAUAUCACAAAUGAGGAGUCAUUUGUACGAGCGAAGAACUGGGUCAAAGAGCUUCAGAGACAAGCCAGUCCAAACAUUGUAAUAGCCCUGGCUGGGAACAAGGCCGACCUCGCUAGCAAGAGAGCUCUGGACUUCCAGGAUGCACAGUCAUACGCAGAUGACAACAGUUUGCUCUUCAUGGAAACUUCAGCAAAAACCUCCAUGAACGUGAACGAGAUUUUCAUGGCCAUCGCCAAGAAACUUCCGAAGAACGAGCCGCAGGCCGCCGGAACCAGCAGCGGGCGGAACCGGGGCGUGGACCUGACGGAGUCGGCUCAGCCCAGCAGCCGUCCCUGCUGCAGUAACUAACCCGGCUCAUCCUCCUCUUCCUCCUCUUCCUCUCGGCUCCCACCCGGCAGCAUCUGGAACGUCCGACCCGUUUGGUUUCCAGAUGUGCGACCCGCUCUUCACCCUCACCUCCCUGGAUUAGCUAAAAGACUCUGUAUAGCUGCAUUUCUAAUACCUUUUGUUUUGUUUUUUGUUGUUUUCUUUUUGUUUUUUAACUUUUUUUAAGAAGUGUAUAUCAGUAUAACGGAUGCAUGUAUCACUACAACUCCUAAAGAAAAAAACAAAACACAUUUUUAUCUUAUAUUCAGUUUAAAGACUAACUUCCCUUUUCAGAAAGAUGAGAAAGCGAGAAACCUGUGAAUGUGUGAGAGGCUCAGUUUGACUGUAGUAGUCUGUUUGUUUUUUUCUUGUAUAUUCUAGAAAAAUCUAGUUGUUCCCAUGUGAAGUUGCUCCACUUCUUCGACUGUUUGGAGCAACAGUUGAGUUGCCAGGAAAGGAUCCAGCAACUCUUCCCAGGAACAAAUCUUUAUCCGAGAUCCAAGUCUUCUUCUGGGACAUCCGGGGUAAAGCACUGUCCAACUUUAACUCAAAGUUUAAAAAAAAUAAAAACCAUAAAUCAGGAAGCUUCACCUUGUUGCUCACAUUAAUGGCAGAAAAUAAUUUAAGUGUUAAAUUUCCAUUGAGGCCAGUAGUCAACCUCCAUCUAUCAAAGUCUGUGUUGAAAAUAAAAAAAAGAAAAGAGAAAUGAUAUACUCUAAUGUUUUCACAGGGUGCAAUGUCGUCUUCUUCCUUUAUUUCAGCUCGUCUGGAAGUUUAUUUAGAGACUCCGAACAAUUGUACAGUUGAAUACUUUGCCAAUCCCUCUCUUAUGUUUCCUUCAAGCUCCACGUUUCCACAGAAGCUGGUCAGAUGUUAGGCAGUGAUGGUCUCUUUAGAUAAAUGUAGUGUUAUUAACAAAAUCUCUCUGGUGUCUUGUCACUUUCUUUUUUUCUAUUAUUAUUUUAAAUUAAUUUUUUUUCUUUCUUUUCCAAAAAAAGAAAAAAAAGAGAGUAAAGGUCCAUGGUGGUGUUUGAAAAGAACUUCUUUUAUUGCAUCGCACAGUGUUGAUCAUGUUUUAAUUAUUGAUAACUGCCCUAGGGUUUUUAUAUGACGGACUGUAUUGGAUUUGCUAACCUUUCAGCUGCGGGCGCGGAGCUUAUUUAAUCUAACUGGUGGUCUCUCUUGCAGCUCAAUGAAUUUAAUGAUGUAAAAACAGCAUUACUAGUGAUGGGCUGAUCCGUUUUGAGUGUCUGAAUCUUAAUAAAUCCAAUAAAAUGGUCUCUUGUAUGA